GAUAAAGACGCGAGUAUAAAGAGCCGCAAAAUUGUACCGCGAAAACCCCGCUGGUGGGUAGCUUUACUAUUGUUUUGUUAAUUAAAACCAUAAUAUUUUUUAAGUAUUGAUAAAUAUUAUAAGUGUUCUACAUUUUUUACUCAGCGAAUGAUAACGACGAUUGCAUAGUAGUUAUCUUCACGAUGGUCGAGGGUGAAUUAAUAAAAAAGUGUCUCUUGUGUGUAUUACUUUACAAUUUGGAACAGCAAGUCCAGAAAUAUGAAAAAUUAAAAAUUAUUAACAAUCAGCCCUUAAAAGUCUACUGGAACGUCCCCUCGUUCCAAUGCGAACCCUUCAAACUCAACUUUACACCCAUGCUGGAUAAAUACAACAUUAUCCAUAACGUGGAUUCGCAAUUUAGAGGAGAAACGAUUACCAUUUUAUAUGAUCCAGGCGAUUUUCCCGCUUUAUUAACCACAACGGCCAAUGGUACUUUUUAUAGAAAUGGCGGAGUACCUCAGGAGGGCAACCUUACCCUCCAUUUAGAGGUUUUACAGGAAUCCAUAACAGCACAAAUUCCAAACGAGAACUAUUCAGGUUUGGCCAUUAUCGACUUUGAAAGUUGGAGGCCGAUAUUCAGACAGCACUGGGGCAGCAUAUCGCUGUACAAAGACGUAUCUAUUGAUAUUGAAAGGCAAAAGCAUCCUACUUGGAACGAUAAUCUGCUUACUAAAGAAGCAACAAGAAGAUUAGAAGAAGCCGGUCGAACAUUCAUGGAAGAAUCCCUAAAUCUAGCGAAAGAACUACGUCCUAACGGCCUUUGGGGAUACUAUCACUAUCCGUAUUCUUACACCAAUGGAAGUGAAGAGUCUGUUUCAAAACAAGUCCAAAUUGAAAACGAUAGGAUCAGUUGGUUAUGGAAAGACUCAGAUGUGUUUUACCCUUCAGUUUAUAUGCGGACCACUCAAUCUUUGGAGCAUCAAAUUAAAUUUGUGGAAACCACUUUGGAUGAAGUUUUUAGGAUUAAGAAGAGCUUUAAUACUGAGGCAAAAGUAUAUGUUUAUGUAACUUAUAUGUAUAUUGAUACAAAAACAUACAUACCACAGGAAUAUAUGCGUGCAAUACUAACUGCCGUUGCAGGUUACGAUAUUGAGGGCGUUAUUUUAUGGGGCGCUAGUAACGACGUGUCUGGUAUAAGCAAAUGUAAACUUUUAUAUAAUUAUAUUGAUAAUGUAUUUGGACCAACUGUGAUGAUUGUAUGAUUGUUUAUUUGUAUAAGUAAAAUACCUGUUUAUUUAUUUAUAUAGCAGAUUAUAUAGUU